UGCAUCCCAAUUCCCGAUACAUUGAGAAGAUGCCGAUGAUAUCUUCUGCCUCCACGUCCCAUCUCAUCACUUCCCCUCUUGUCUCAGAACCCUAGCGCCGCACUCCGCCUGAGAGAGUCCUCCUACGUUUCCGCGCAAGGUGGUGGGGAAUUUUCGAUUUGAUUGGAUUCGAGAUGGCGGAGAAGGAGGUUGGCCGGAUCUUCGUGGGCGGGCUGUCGUGGGACACCACGGAGCGCACGCUUGAGCGAGCCUUCAGCGAUUUCGGCAAGGUCAUCGAGACGCAGGUCGUAACGGAAAGAGAGACUGGCCGCUCCCGUGGGUUUGGGUUUGUCACAUUUUCUGAACCUCGGGCUGUGGAUGCUGCAAUCCGGGAAAUGCACAAUGGAGAACUAGAUGGUCGGACCAUUUCUGUGAACAAGGCUCAGCCUAGGAUGAGCACUGAUGAUGGUGGCUAUGGAUAUGGGGGUGGUGGUUACUCAUCUGGUGCUAGAGGUGGAUAUCGUGGUGCAGCUGACAUAGUUCCAGCUGCAAGUGAUGAGUGCUUCAAGUGUGGACGUUCUGGACACUGGGCCCGUGAAUGUCCUUACGCAGAUGGAGGUAGACCUGGAAGGUACUCUCCUCCUUCCAGGUAUGGCAGUGGCGCCGGUGGGCGUGGUGACCGCUUUGGAGGACCAGAUCGUUAUGCUAAUCGCUAUGUUGAUGACCGUUACGAUGGUGGUCGCUAUGCUGAUGAUCGUUAUGGUGGUGGACGUGAUCGCUAUCCUCCAGCUGCAGAUCGCUUUUCUGGUGACAGAUAUGGUGGUGCAGAUCGCUAUGCAUCAGGUGGCUUUGCGAGGGAAAGAAGCUAUGAGAGAGAUGGAGGACGGCCAGGUGGAAGUUACUACCGUGAUGAACCCAGAGCCACUGGUGGUUAUGGCAGGGGUGGUCCGCGUGUGGCAAAUGGUGACAGAUAUGGGAGUGGUGGACCUGCUCGUGUUGGUGGAAGUUACCGAGAUAGGCCUGCUCCCUAUGAUCGCCCCAGUCGUGGAGCUCGCUCUUAUGAUGACCGCUACUGAUGAAGGUUACCUUGGAGCAGAGCAGAGCAGAGUUUUAAAUAUAAGGAUUUUCCAGUUUCUAUUUUAUGUGGCUUCGCUAUGUUGAUGCUUCAUUCAACUCUUAAAUAUCGUUCUUCAGAGCAGUUUGUUUGAUUACUCUUCAGUCCAUAUGACAGUAUUCGGUUGUUAUUAUGUCAGAACUGUACACUCUUAGGCAGUGGGUGGUUCUGCUUCCUUGUUAUGGUAUUAUGUAACUAUUCUGCAGUAUAAGAUUGAGUUGUACUGUUUUAAUUUCGACUUCCCUUGUCGGCAUUGUCAAUCUUCGAGACUACCGUACCAGUUUCAACCAACCUUGGACCUGCUUAUCCGAUUUCAAAUGUGUGGUGAAAUAUGGUGAUGAUACUGUACAUGAGAUCGUGUGCCAUCUGUUGAAAGGAAUGCAAUGUUUGUAUUUCUCUAGGUCAAUCAGCUCCUUGUUGGGUUGUUUUUGGUACUGGGCGGCUGUUUUUGGUACUGAGCUGUCAACGCAGAACAUGACAGCAAACCUGAGCCGAUGCAGUUUGUGUAAGUGAAUGCUUCUGGUGAUUUGUGCGUGUACAGUUGAAUGACUGCUGUUAGCAAGACCAUGAGCAAGGUAAAUCCCCUUGCUCUCCAAAGUUCCACUGGCAAUAAGGUCUCCCUAUAUGGCUGAAACUGUUGAAGCUUUGCAAAAGGGCUUGAUGUAGAAAAUCUGCAGCAUGUUUGGUGUAAACAAGAUUCGAAGGGACUUGGUCCUGCUGGUUGAAAUUCCGUUUUAAGAAAAAAAAAAUGGAGUUGCUUCUGAAGACAACCUUUUAGCUUACAGUAUCUUAAUUACGAUUGUAUGCUUGUGUCUGCCUUGUUUGGAAAAUCUGUAAACAUGUGGUAACGGCUACUGCAAAAUAAGAACUUGAUCUUGUGUUGGUUCUUU